UGAAUCUGCAGAGAUGUAGUACUGACUACUACACCAAACGAUUUAAAUUGAAUCUGCAUCAUGAACACGGACGAUGUUCGCCCGUUUCUCCAGGAGCCUGUGGGUGCUGCCGUGACAGAUAACUACUUCCGCCGGCGGCUUUCUGUUUCCGGGUGCCUUGCAACUGCACGACUGUCCGCUGCGCCGCCGCCAAGCUAAAUUGUUUUUAACAUGAGCUCAGGUACAACAUGUGCCGUUGCGGGUUGCCACAACAAUUCAAGAAAACUGAAGGAUUUUUCAGAAACUUCUUGUCUGGAACAUUCACAACUUCGACGAACAUGUCCGUGCGCUGCGCCCUACGCCCUGCACGGCAUGCCGAGGAAGGAGGAGCGGAGACUAGCGUGGCUCGCGGCUUUGAGACUUAAAUAUCCCCCGAAGAGAGUGUUUGUCUGCUCCUUCCACUUCGUCGAUAAAAAGCCCACGGAUCUGCACCCUGAUCCGGAGCUCUAUCUGGGCUACGACCGACCUCCUCCAAAGAAGAGGCGAAAGCUAGUCCGUGCGCCGGUGGCUCAGACGGCUAACAUUACCUCCAGCUGCAGCGUCAACAUUAACCAAGACGCUGAGGAUGGACUUACGUUUCCUGCAGGUGUCCAGCAGCUGCACCAGACAGACCCAGAGCCCCCACGCAUAAAAGAGGAGCAGGAAGAACACUGGACCGGUCAGGAGGGAGAUGCUGCUAUCACCAGGUUCCCGUUCACUGUUGUCACUGUGAAGAGUGAGGAUGAUGAAAUGGAACCUCAGGCCUCACAGCUUCAUCAAAGCCAAACUGAGGAAAAGUUUCCAGGCCGCAGCUCACCAACACAGAUAAAAACAGUAACUGACAGAGAGGACUGUGGAGGAUCUGAACCUGCCAGGAACCGAGAUCCAGGUGUCCGUCAGCUGUUGGUAAUCAAAGAAGAGGUUUCCUGUGAGUGGGGCCCCAGCCUGGACCAGGAGGAUCCAGGGCCCCUACACAUAAAAGAGGAACAGGAUGAACACUGCAACGACUCUGGGCUGGAGGAGGCUGACACUACCAGCUUUCCAUUCACUGUUGUCAUUGUGAAGAGUGAAGAUGAUGAGGAGGAACCUCAGACUUCAGAGCUUCAUCAAAGUCAAACCAAACAAAACAGAGAAACAGAGCCUCCAAUGAGCAGCUCAGAAACUGAUGGAGAGGACUGUGGAGGAUCUGAGCCUGCCAGAAACAGAGGUCCAGAUAGUCAUCCACAACUAAAUACUGAUGAAAAGGCUUCAGACUGUUCCGACACUGAUGUCAGUUCUGAUGAUUGGCAAGAACCUUUGUCAGAUUCUGAGAAUAGAGCUGAGGGAGGAGAGAGACCAUUUGGUUGUGAUGUUUGUGGGAAAAGGUAUAAUCAGCAACAUCAUCUAAAGACACACAUGCGAGUCCACACAGGAGAGAAACCAUUUGCCUGUGAUGUUUGUGGUAAUAGAUUUACACAACAGGGGAAUCUGAAGACACACAUGAGAGUUCACACAGGAGAGAAACCAUUUCUCUGUGGCGAUUGUGGGAAAAGGUUUUCAGAAAAGGGCCAUUUGAAGACACACAUGCGAGUUCACACAGGAGAGAAACCAUUUUGCUGUGUUGAUUGUGGUAAAAGGUUUUCAGAACAGGGAAAUCUAAACACGCACAUGAGAGUCCACACAAGAGAAAAACCAUUUGGUUGUGCUGAUUGUGGAAAACGGUUUUCAGAAAAUGGGCAUCUGAAGAAACACAUGCGAGUCCACACAGGAGAGAAGCCGUUUUGUUGUGGUGUUUGUGGUAAAAGAUUUACCGAACAGGGUGAUCUGAAAAAACACACGAGAAUCCACACAGGAGAGAAACCAUUUGGCUGUGAUGUUUGUGGGAAAAGGUUUACACAGCCAGGAAUUUUGAAGACUCAUAUGAAAGUCCACACAGGAGAGAAACCAUUUGUUUGUGAUGUUUGUGGGAAAAGGUUCUCACAUCAGGGAGAUCUCAAGACACACAUGAGAAUCCACACUGGGGAUAAACCAUUUGAUUGUGAUGUUUGUGGGAAAAGAUUUAAUCGGCAGACACAUCUUAAUGCACACAAGAGAGUCCACACAGGUGAAAAACCAUUUGGUUGUGAAGUUUGUGGGAAAAGAUUUAUACAACAGGAAAGUCUCAAGAAACACCUGAGAGUCCACACAGUGGAGAAAUCCUUUGGCUGUGAUGUUUGUGGGAAAAGAUUCCAACGGCAGUCACAUCUUACUACACAUGAGAGAGUCCACACAGGUGAAAAACCUUUUGGUUGUGAUGUUUGUGGUAAGAAAUUUACACAACAGGGAAGUCUGAAGAUACAUAUGAAAGUCCACUCUGGAGUUGCAGAUGUUGUUGAUAAAAUAUUUAAAUUUUUCAGUCCAAACCCGGACCACGUACUAAACCUGGACCACCUGGAACGACGGGUGUUUUCACAGAAUCUGCGUCAUGAACGAGGACGUGAAAAGAGCCGAAGCCAGCUCCACUCCGAGCAACAAAAGACUCCGACAGAGUUCCACCUCCGCCUCAGGUACACCACCAUCCACAUCUGCUUCACCACCGUGUUGUUCAGAGAUGUCCAGGAGCUGCUGGUGAUUAAAGAAGAGGUUUCCCCUGCGUGGAGCACCAGCCUGGACCAGGAGGACCCAGAGCCACUACACAUAAAAGAGGAACAGGAGGAGCUGUUGAUCAACAGUAAGGAGGGAGAACAGCUUAACGGACUGGAGGAGGCUGAUAGCACUAGCUUCGAAUUCACUGUCGUCACUGUGAAGAGUGAAGAUGAUGAAGACAAACCUCAGCCUUCACAGCUUCAUCAAAAGGCGUCAAACAACUGUCAGGCAGCCAAGAAAUAUGGAGUAACGGAGUGUAACGUCCGAAGAUGGCGGGUCCAAAAAGACCGCCUGAAAAACACCAACAGUAAGAGAAAAGCUUAUCGUGGUCCUCAAAGCGGCUGCUUCCGGGAGAUUGACAGGAGGGUAUGUGAGUUUGUUAGUGAGAAAAGAAACGAAGGCAUGCCCAUUACCAGAGCUAUCAUCCAGCGGAAAGCACUGGACAGUGCCAAGGACUUAGACAUACCCACCACCGAGUUUAAAGCCAGCAUCGGCUGGUGCAGAAGGAUGAUGCGCCGGAGCGGCCUGGCAUUGCGGCGCAGAAGCAGCCCUGCACCGCACCUGCCCUCGGGCUUUGGAGAGAAGCUGCUGUCUUUUCAGCGCUAUGUGACUGGCUUGAGGAAAAAACACUCAUACCCCCUUGAUCAGAUCGGCCAUGCUGAUCAAACCCCCGUGUUUUUUGACAUGCCUACACCUGUGACUGUGCACAUGAAAGGUGAGAAGUCUGUUAUUGUGAAGUCAGCUGGAAUUGAAAAGAGUCGCGUCACUGUCAUGUUGGCGUGCCUGGCAGACGGGACAAAGUUGCCCCCAUAUGUGAUUUUAAAACGCAAAACAGCGCCGAAAGAGGCAAUGCCAGCUGGCAUUGUUGUACGUGCCCAGGAAAAGGGCUGGAUGGAGAGUGAACUUGUGGUAGACUGGCUGAAAGUGGUGUGGGGAUCACGACACGGGGCUCUCAGAAAAAAGAGAAACAUGCUCAUUAUGGAUGCCUUCCGCGGACACUUGACUGAUGCUGUCAAAACUCAGGUGAGUAGGAUGAAUGGCGACUUAGUAAUCAUACCAGGGGGGAUGACCAGCCAGCUACAGGUGUUGGAUGCUGUGGUUAACACGCAUUUCGAGGACAAUCUGCGCAAGAGGUACACCGAAUGGCUCCUGUCCGGUGAUCACGCACUCACACCGUCUGGAAAAAUUCAAAAGCCAGCUGUACGUCGGCUUUGUGAAUGGAUCCUCCAGGCUUGGGACGAAGUGACACCAGAGAGCAUCAUCAGUGGAUUUAAAAAGUGCUGCAUAUCAAAUGCAUUGGAUGGUAGCGAGGAUGACGUUCUGUGGGAGGAGACGGGACCGCAGAGUGAGAGUGGGAGUGACUGUGAGCGCAGCGAGGCAGAGGACGUCUGUGUCCAGCAGCUGUUGGUGAUCAAAGAAGAGGAUUCCUCUGAGUGGAACCCCAGCCUGGACCAGAAAAACCCAGAACCCCGAGAAAUAAAAGAGGAACAGGAGGAACUCUGGACCAGUCAGGAUGGAGAGCAGCUUCAUGGGGUUGACGAGGCUGAUAUCACCAGGUUUGCAUUCACUGCUGUCACUGUGAAGAGUGAAGAUGAUGAAGAGAAUCCUCAGACUUCACAGCUUCAUCAAAGCCUAACUGAGGACAAAAGAGAGGCAGAGCCUCCAAUCAGCAGCUCAGCAACACAGAUAAAAACAGAAACUGAUGGAGAGGACUGUGGAGGAUCUGAACCUGCAAGGAACCGAGAUCCAGAUAGUCUUUCACCACUCAAUCCAGAUGAAAAUGCUUCAGACUGUUCUGAGACUGAUGUCAGUUCUGGUGACUGGCAAGAAUCUUUGUCAGAUUCUGGAUCUGGUUGUGAUGUUUGUGGGAAAAAAUUCUCAGAACGGUAUGAUCUCAAAAAACACCAGCGAGUCCACACAGAAGAGAAGCCAUUUGCUUGUGAACCUUGUGGGAAAAGUUUUUCCAAGCUGUCACAUUUAAACAGACACAAGAGAAUCCACACGGGAGAAAAACCAUUUGGUUGUGAUGUUUGUGGGAGAAAAUUUAAUGAUCGGGGAAAUUUUCAGAACCACAUGAGAGUCCACACAGGAGAGAAGCCAUUUGGCUGUGGUGACUGUGGGAAAAGAUUUUCUCAGCAGACAAAUCUGAAGGCACAUAUGAGAGUCCACACAGGAGAUAAACCUUUUGGUUGUGAUCUUUGUGGUGUAAGAUUUACAUUUAAGACAAAUCUUGCGAAACACAUGAGAGUACACACAGGAGAAAAACCGUUUGGCUGUGCCGAUUGUGGGAAACGAUUUAGACAGAAGACAGUCCUUAGGACACACAUGAGAGUCCACACGGGAGAGAGACCAUUUGGUUGUGAAGUUUGCGGGAAAAGAUUCACACAACGGGGACACUUGAGCAAACACAUGAAACUUCACUGAGGAUAGAAACUUGAUAGUUGAAGUGUUUCUGAUUUCUUAGAGCGUUUUUUUUUUUUGCAAAUAAUUAUUGGUAAGAACCACAUAAAUGUAUUGUUAUAUUGCAUCAGUUUGGCUUUAGUUUCAUUGUUGACUAUCCCUUGUGUAAAUUAUGAAACAUGUAAAAGAAACCUUUUCUUGGUUGGUCUUUGUCUAUUUUUUUUAUUUGUCAAUAACUAAUUUCCAUAUAUUUUUUGUUUGAUUACUUAAAGUACUAAAUCAAAGAAAGCAGGAUUAAAAAUGUAUUAUUUAAGGCUGAGUGGUGGUUGAAUAAUUAAAGGUGACUUGUGUUAUAAUUCUGAUUAAACAUAUACAGAAGAGA